CAAAGCAGAACAAGACAGACGCUUGAUACAAUUCUUAAUGGGGAUGAAUGAGGUGUAUACUGUGAUAAGAGGCAACAUUCUUAUGAUGAAUCCCCUUCCAACAAUGGCACAAGCCUUUUCCUUGAUGAUUCAAGAGGAGAAACAAAGGGAGUUUAAACCUGCUAAUCAAACCCUUAUAGAAUCGAUUUCCUUGAAUGUGAACUCUUCUAACAAUAGUGGAAAGGGAUCAACAGGAAGAAACUACAAAACAUCAUUCUCUAGUGAAAACUGCUCUGGCAAUACUUCAAGUAACAACAAUUAUGGAGGAUCCAACCAUUUUUCAGCUAACAGUAACAAUAGAAGUGCUAUGGUUUGUAGUUAUUGCAAAAAGACAGAACAUGUCAGGGAGAGAUGCUAUAAGUUGAUUGGAUAUCCUAGCCAGGUUAAUAGGAACAAUGGACCUCAUGCAAGGCAGAACAGUAAUAAUGAAUAUAGAGGAAGGAGAGUUGUAGCCAAUGUUCAUGGAUCAUAUGAUAAUGUGGCAUCUGCACAAAGAGAAGAAUGCAUGCAGAAUAAUCAGAAUCAAAUGGUUACAUUCACUAAAGAUCAAUAUGAUAACAUGAUGAAACUUUUGCAGAAUUUUCGAGUUGAAGGAACUGAUUUGAACAACUCAAACAUGGAAGUUGGUUCUGUGAACUUUGCAGGCCCCUUCAGUGAAGAGGCCUCAGGUGCUUGGUAGUAGCAGAGAAGGACUCUAUUUUCUUUGUUCAAGAUGUCUGAGGAACCCUGCUAACUUCACCACAUGCUGCUGCAUAUCUCACAACAAUCACAAUUCUUC